AUGUCUGUUACUUUUGAGCAGAUUAUACUCGACGCUAAGCGCAUUGCCAAUCGGCUCAAGGACCGAGAGGCUCUAGGAGAUGCACUGCUGCUGGAAUCGGAAUCAGUGAACAAGCACAUCGAAUCGAUGCGCCAGUUCCAGGACGAUAUCGACAUACUGAACAAAUUGGCACGUGAUCGCUCCAACAACCAGCUGAUAACGAUCAUCCACCAGGAGAACCCACAGAUCCGCGAGAUACAACAAGAGAACCGCCUGCUGAAGGCAGCGCUGGAAGACCAUCAGCACGCACUAGAGCACAUCAUGUCUAAAUACCGAGAGCACACGCAAGCAAAAAUUCUCAACACGAAGGUGAACUUUGUGGAAGCAUUCACACGCCACCACCGGUCGGCCGACAUCGAGCGACGCGACGAGCUGAUCCGACAGCAGACGGCCAAGAUACAGGAAAUGGCCGCUGUUAUGCAGCGAGUCUCGCAGAUGGACGAGGAAAAGGUCAACCAAGAGCAGGAGGUGUUGAGCAAGCUGAUGACAGAAAAUAAGGGACUGCGGGAACUGUUGGAAAUAUCGCGCAAGUACGGUUCCGGCGGCCAGAAGAUGCUGGUCGACGACAAAUCAACCCAAACCGAUAGCUAUCUGCUGGAUGGUUUGAUUGAAGCGGCCGUCACGGCAAGGGCAAAUGUAUCGAAGCAAACGCCAGCACCGGCAUCAUCGUCACCACCAUCACCACCACAGUCUGCAGCCGUACCUACGUCGGGGCCCGCAGCUAUACAGUCUGGAGCGUCAUCCCCGAAUGCAAGCUUAACGAAACCGACCGUCGAUGAUCCAGCACGUUCACCAAACGGCAAGAGUUCCGUCGCAAAUCCAACAACAGUCAGUAAUGGGGUAGCAACGACCUCCCCGAGCGCACCAUCUGCAGUGGCAGCCCCAGCUAGCACUACUUCCGUGGCAACCUCUUCGACUUCGUGA